AUGUGUGGUAAUCGUGGUUAUUAUACUGAUCAAGCACUGGUUCAUUUUGAUAACAAUCGACUGCAUACAGAAUCAAAAGAAAACAACAGAAAAAGAAGAAAAGAAGCUGGUCGUGUUUUGAUUCAAGAUGAUGAUGAAGAAGAGGACAAUGAUGCAAUAAUUGACGGUGCUGAUCAAAUAGAUGAUGAUAAUAAUGAUACAAAUCCUGUAACAGGAGCAACAACUGAGGAUAAUGAUGCGACAACUGAUAGUGACGACCAUGUUACUGAUGAUAAUGGUUCAAUAUCAAGUAGUGAUGAGUCACUAGAUGAUGGUUAUGGUUAUUAUAAUCCCAACGAUAAAAUAACAUGGACAGAAGAACAAUAA